CACAUACACACACGUCUGCAGCACAAAUACAUCCAUGAGCGGUGGAGUUGAGCGAAAGGAUGAGUUGGCACACGAGGCGCUGCAUGGGCCUGUGGUGACCGAGUCGAGCGGGUAUGUGGCAUCGGACGUGGUCAACUCGAUGUUCAGCCCGGGCACACCGUCGACGGUCAUCACACUGAUGAACGUUGUCUUUAUCACUCUCCUUGUGGUUCUCGCCUCGCUGCUGCUCAUCCGUGGCUUCAACAUCCAUCUGGCUGUCAUGCUCGCCAUGACCGUCGUCCUCAUCGCUCUGAUCAACUGGUUGCUGAUCGAGCUCGACGCGGCGCACAAGAAGCACGUGGCAGAGGGUGGCGAUGGCGCCAAGAGCAGCAGCAAGGCCAAGAAGGAGUAAAGCGCGCGGCGUCCACAUCGGAGCGGCGGUGGCUAGUUAUGCCGGUAGAACUUGAACGAGAGCCAUGAAAAGUAGACGUAGACGAG